GCCAUAGAUUGCAUUAUAAAGCCUGUAGGAGGCAGCAAAACCAAACUGUUACCCAAAACCGAAGAAGGGGCACUUCCUCCCAAGCUGUCUCCAUGGCAAUCAGACAUGGCGCCGGGGAGCCAACUAAUACUUUCGUCCGCUCCUCUGCAGCUCCUCUUCUACCUCAACAGCUGGUACUUUGCUGCCUUCUACCUGGCAGAGAUCCUGAUGUUCAUCUAUAAAGGGAUUUUACUGCCCUACCCGUCAGAUAAUCUGGUUCUGGAUGUGGUGCUGCUGGUGCUCUUCCUCGGGCUGGAGACUCUCCGGAUCUUUUACGGUUGGAAGGGGAACCUGUGCGAGCGCUCUCUGGCCUCGGCGGCGGCGCUCUUCGUCCUGUGUCCGUGCACGGCGCUGGCCGUCUACUUCCUGCUUCUGCAGACCUUCGUCCUGCGCCUCGAGUUCAUUCUCAACGCCGUGCUGCUCUGCUUCUACGCCCUCGAGUUCCUGCUCGGGUUGUUCUCCGUAUCGGCCUUCUCCAGGUCCAAAGUGUGCUGACGGAGAAAGAAGGUUGGCUUCACCUGAACCACAGAGAGAGCAGCACAGAGCUUUCUUCAGAUGCCACUUUGUAAAUACCACAUUGUCUAUUUUCCUAUUAAAAUGUAAAUCUGUUAGAUUAAUUUU